AUGGGCACCGAACUUACGUACUCAUCAAUCUGUAUCCAGUCAGGGCUGAUCCCAAAAGCCAUUGAGGCCGGCAAACACUGUACUAAUAUUCUGAGUGAAGUUGGGCAUUUUCUUCAGGCUCGCAUCAAAGCCAUUGUUGUAUCAUUGAAUACCACUGGCCGCAAUCUCUUACCCCGAGGUUUGGCAGAGAUCCAACAGCGCUUUCGUACUGUACGUCACCCUAGCCAUCAUAUCUCACUGAGACUAAGCUCAUCGAAGUUGACUCUCGGCAUCGGAUCAUCUGCCAAUGGAGUAAGAUGA